CCAAGUGUAGAAAUAGUACAGGAAGUUUUAGCUGCAACACAAGUGCAAUAAAAGAGAGACUUUGUCCAAAGCUUGACAAAGGAAGAUCCAUGGAAGGCACAACUGAAGGAGGGGACUUGCUUUUGACAGCUGCAUUUGAUAAUGUAUCAUAUUCUGAUUCUGUUCAUGAAAAGCUAAAGAAAUCUCAAUAUUCCUUUGAGAAUGGUUUCUCUAUCAGCUGUGAUGAGAGUGUCUUCUGUUCAUUAGUACCACCCCCUCAAACAAAGACUUGUCAUCACUGUGGUCUGUUUGGAUCCCGUAGAUGUUCACAAUGCAAGCAAAUAUACUAUUGCUCUGCAGAUUGUCAGAAAGAAGAUUGGCCAGCACAUCGUAUUGUGUGUGAGCCAGUUAAACCAAAUGUAAGUAAUAAAAAUGGAGGCAAGUCACCUGGUAAAAACAAGAAGGGAGUUUAUCUUAAGGGUGGCUCAGCUUCUGUGGAUUCUCGCAAGACAGAAGAGCACAUUAAGAAAAUAACACUCUCGGAUCUUCAGGCUCUACAGAUCAAAAAAGCUAUGGAAGUACAGGGUAUAGUAACAGAGUUCAAGAGCCCAAGUGAAUUUUAUAUACAGUUGAGUUCUCCAGACUUCUUAGACCAGAUCAGUAAACUUUCUCUGAAACUGCAGGACUGUUACGCUAGCACAGUUAUUCAAGACCAAUAUAUUGCUACCAAAGGGGAAGUCUGCGUUGCAAAGUGUUCUUUGGAUCAGACCUGGAAUAGAGCACUGGUAAAGGAUGUGGAUAUAUUGCAAAAGAAAUCACAAGUAUUCUAUAUAGAUUAUGGAAAUGAAGAAGAUAUUCCACUCACCUGGAUUAAAGCUUUGCACAAAGACAUUGAACUGUUGGUUCCUCCAUGUGCCAUUAGGUGUUCCUUUGCUAAUUACAAUCCAAAAGAAAAAGGGUGGAAUGAAGGCGCUGCCAGAUUCUCUUCUCAGCUUAUAGGAAAACACUGUUUGCUAACUGUUGUUGACAUAUUACAGAAGGAAAUGAUGUUGAGUUUUGCUGUAGAAGUUGUUACUCCAGAUUCUGGAGACUACCUAGCUACAGUACCUUUAGAAACAAAGCCUGAUAUAACUACAGGAACUGAUGCUGAAGGAGGGGACUCCCCAAGAGUGUCAGAAAACCAUUUGAAGAGAAGUAAAGCAAAAAUGCCUCAAGAUGAAGAAUAUCUUCACUGUGCUCAUUCAGCUCCAGAGGAUGUCUCUGUAUGUGUUGGAGAUGUGUUUUCUGCUAUGGUUUCUGGCAUGCAAAGUCCAGAAGACUUCUUCUGUCAGCCAGUACGCAACUGCCGUCAACUUGCUGAGCUUCAAGUGUCUCUUAAUGAACACUGUGGCAAACUUCCCAGUAGUCCAGCUUUCCGUCCUCCUCUUGGGAAUGUGUGCUGUGCCCAGUUCACAGAAGACAGUUGUUGGUAUCGUGCUACUGUUGUAGCGUAUGCCUCUGAAGAGGCUGUUGUGGCAGAGUACAUAGAUUAUGGUAAUUCUGAAGUUCUUCCACUAACUAAACUUCGUCCUAUGAUUCCAAGAUUAAUGGACCUGCCAGCUCAAGCCAUAAGGUGUACCUUGGCAGUCAGGAAGCUAGAAUAUGCUCCUCAGACUUCAGAAGGUGUAAAGCGACCAUUAGGAGGGUGGACAUCAGAAGAUACUUGUUUUAUGAAACAGCUGGUAAAAGACAAAGUGUUUACAGUAAAAGUAGUAGGUAAACACAGUUACAGAUCUGUGGUGGAGCUUGUAGAUGCAUCAGUUACUCCAGCAAUAAAUGUAUCAAGCCAUCUCAUAGAGAGAGGCUGUAGAGCUGAAGAACCAAGAAUGGCCUUGCCAGCAAUUGGAAUGAAUGACGUUAAGCAAGCAAAUGAGGACACAACAAACAAAAGCAUUUGCAAGUGGAAUAAAUUAACUCUGAAACAAACAGUUGAUGUCAUAGUGUGUACGCUGUACAGUCCUGGAGAAUUCUACUGUCAUAUUUCAAAUAACAGUGAGUUAAAUGCUCUAAACUUACUUAACAAAUCAUUGUCUGAAUACUGUCAGAAAACACCACCAAAUGUUUUUAAGCCUGAGAAUGGAGAACCUUGCUGUGCCUUCUUCUCUGAUGAUGGUUACUGGUACCGUGCAUUGGUGCAAAAUGUUUGUUCAGGUGGGACUGUUAAAGUGUGCUUUGUGGACUAUGGAAACGUGGAGGAGGUACCACUGGAUAAAAUACGUCAGAUCUCAUCCUCGUUCCUAAAACUUCCAUUUCAAGGAAUUAAAUGCUGGCUCUCAGGUAUAAAGCCUGUUAGCAGCAAAUGGAUUCCAGAAGCUACAGCAAGAUUUCAUACGUAUGCUGUAGGGAUGAAGCUUCAAGCCAGAGUAACUUCCCUUUCCAGGGAUGGGGCGGGUGUAGAGCUUAUUGAUAAUUCCACAGGUUGUCCUAAAGUGAUCAAUGAGUUACUAACUUCUGAAAAACUGGCUGUAAAGGAAGUUCUACAAGAAAAAACUAAGCUUCCAAACAAGCCUGUUGACAAGAAAGAAACGUCACUUGGGCACUGGAAGUCGAUCAGAUUGGCUAUAGAUGAAACCAUGUCUGUCUGUGUAACAGAAGUUGUAAGCCCAGACUUGUUCUAUGCUGUACCAGUUAAAACUAAAGAUCAACUACAUAGGCAGUUGAUUGAACUACAAGACUAUUGUAAGUCUUGUAUUAAGGAGCCCUUCAAACCAAAACCGGGUGAAGCCUGUUGUGCCAGGUUUUCAGGUGAUGGCCGUUGGUACAGAGCUCUUGUUCUGAAAGAUUUUCGGUCUGUAGUGGAAGUCCUGUAUGCAGACUAUGGGAACAAAGAAACUUUACCACUUUCAGAAGUGCUGCCAAUCACCGAUUCCUACUUAAAGCUGCCAUUUCAGGCAAUUACAUGUUCACUUGCAGGCAUAGAGAAAUCUGAUCAGCCUCCAUUAUUACAAGUUGACAAGUUGAAAGAAAUGUUAUUGAAUAAAUGCAUCAUGAUUAAAGUGAAAGGGAUUAAUGGAAAUACUAAUCUAGUAACAGUGGAGAAACUUUGGGAAAACGGCAGUCUGAAAGUAGCUGUAACAGAAGGUUUGGUCAAAUCCAGCAGUGCUGAAAGCUUACGCCCUGAGCGUCAAGGCAAUGCAUGUGGGACCAAAUGCUGCUGCACAGAAUUAAAAAUACAACUUAAAAAGCAUGAGCAGAUCCUACUCUUCCUUUUAAACAAGUAUGGGAAUCCAGAGGGAUUCAAUGAAAUGAAAAAACUGUUGGAACACUAAGUCUCCAAUGGGCCAUUCACUUCUACAUAUACCAAGUUGCUGCAGUUCCUAUAUUGGAAGAGCCAGGUGUACUCAUCAGCUUGAAAAUGAGUAGCUCUAUAGGAAUUCUUCUGUUUAAGUACCUGUAUUUAUCUGUAUACUGGGAUUGUUCUGAAAUAUGUAGCUUGAAGGAUUUCAAAGCAGCAAGCUCAAAUUAAUGUUAUGUUUUUUGCUUUGUACAACCAUGUGCUGCUGGUUUUGCCUUUCAUUUUGCUGUUGAAUGCACAUAACUGAGAAUGGUCAUUGCAUUGUGAGUCUAGUCUUCAAACUGACAUUUGAAAUGACUGUAAUCAUAAAGCUUACUUCAAUUUUGAUACCAUUAGUCUUAAGUGAAAAAACUGUAUCUUGAUAUAGUCGUCUUUCAGUUUGAUUUCCAGUCUGAAGUUAGACUGAAAAUUGUUUUACAUCAGCUUGGUUUCAGUAUCAUUAAUGGCUGAAUCUUGUCUUGGACUACCUGCAGGUAGUUCUGUCUAAAAAUCACUAAACACGUAAAAGCACACAGUUCUUUAUUUACACUUAUACUGUGUAAUCUGCAUCUGUGAAUAUUGUUUUGAAGUAAAUAGUAUUGGAGCUGUUUUGGCUGUAGCUACAUUGUUGGGAUUUUUAUACCAUCAUGCUCUUUCACAUCAUAAUAGUCUCAUUCUGGGCUGUGACAAAAAUACUGAAUCAGAUUAUUGUGGGGAUUUUGGUACCUCUCUAAAGUGGAGCAGAUACUUAGUUAUCAUUUCUGACUAAUCCGGAAGCAAUGUUGCUAAGGAUGCCAAGUUGCUGUGCAUACAGCAC